AUGCCUGCCCUGUCCGUCACAGAUGGGGGAAGUGGAGCGAGGUUUUGCCAGGUGGCCUGCACGCAGGCUUUGUCCAACGGAGGCAUAUUUCGUUUCAAUGCAAGCAUCUUCAUCCACGACAUUCGGUACCGUCCCUGGCCAACGCUGCCUGUCAAUCGUGCAGCCAUCUUGGAACAGUUGGAGACCCACUACAAUGACGGUCCGCCCGAGGCUGUCCCUUUCGACAUCACCGUAGCCAGCGAAGGCAAGGACGAGGACUUGAUGUCCUUGGAAGGCAAACUCAAACGAUUGUCGCCGGAGGAGCCUGUGUUUGCCCUGCUCUACGCAGCUGCCAUGGCAGAGACCGACGAGGACAUCGUCGGAUACCAAGGCCUCUUGCUCAAUGUGCACUACAAGGUGGUCUCACGGCCCCCGAAUGCUGAUUUUGCCAAGGAAGCCAUGACUCUCCGUGAGAAGAUGACGGACGACGUGCGUGCCAUCAAAAGGACCCCGCUGAGCAUGAUGCUGCUCAUGGUGGAGAAGAAGAAGGAGAUCAAAGGGCCAGCCGGAAAGGUCACCACAGAGAAGGUGUACCAGUACUUCAAGGGCUGUCACUGGUCCAAGGAGUCCGAAGCACCCUCCAUGAAUUUCCUGGAAAAUUGCUUUUCGCUGUGGAACAAAAUCGAGGCUGCUCCCGGGAUCCUAGAGACCGUCCAGCAGGCCGAGAUGGAUUUCAAUCAAGAUUCUCCUUUCUCCUCGGUUCAGCAGAUGUACCACAUUACCUUGGCAUGCAAGAAGGCCUCUCCCGCCAAAAUGGCGUGGGUCUUCGAGGGGAUCUUGGAUGGAGCCAGGGCAAAAGUCUUGUCCAAGGAGGACAUAACGAAGAGUCGACUUAGCGGUGCAGACAAAGUGACCCUUGUUCACGUCAUCGCCCUCAAGUACGACGUGCUCCAGGAACUGCUGCACACCGAGUUGGCGAAGUUGGACAUUUCUUCACAGGACGGUUGGUUUACUGUUUCGGGUUCUAAGGGCAGCUUCGUGGACCUCGUGGACCAUAUCAUCUUCAGCAAGCUGCACGACACCUGUAUCCGAAGUUGUGUCAAGCUGAACAAAGUGCCGGCAGAUGUGUUGCUCUACGGCAGCAUCGGGGUUGCUGUUAGCAGCCUUCAGAAGAGGCAGGAGCAGUUGCGGACGGAGGCCAAAGAAGAAGCAGCCGCACAGCUGAAAUCCGUGACCGAGGGGGAACAGGCAUCAGCUGCUCAGCCUGCAAAUGGCGAGAGCGCCGUGGUGCCCAUCGCCACUGCCACAGCGGAGGACGACGAGACUGCGGAUAUGGACGAUGAGAUGGCUGAGGCCUGGGCACGCUGGAAGGCCAAAGCGCAGGACAAGGUGCGACGACUUGUUGAACUUUUGGUGCGGCCAUCCAACUCGAGUUCAGAGGAAAUGUGCCAAAUGCUCCGGGAUUGCGCCACGUACAAGCUGCCACUGCCCUCGGAUAAGCACUAUCACAUGCAUGUGUAUGAUUGCAAAACCGAAGGUGAGUGCAAGACACGGCCGCAUGUGCGGAAGCCGGUCCACAGACCCAUGUACAUGCUUGGAGCAGUGCAGGCUUGCCUGAAAGCGCGAUGCGAGGAGGAGGAUGACGAUGCCAUCUAUAUCACCAAUGACAGCCUCUAUUGUUUCUUCGAUGCUUGCAAGCACGAGCACAUCGCGACAUUCGAGAAGGCUUUCAACACAGAGAACAACAAGAUGCAGAAGUCCAGGAAGAUCCUGUACAUCACGUAUGAUGAGUCCACACUGCUCCGUCGAACCCGUCUGAGGUGCCAUGACGUGGACAUGGAUGUAGUGGAGCAUGCAUGCAUGAUUACCCAGGAUCCACUUGUGUUGGAGUCACGCAAAAGGCUUUUCUUCUCCAAAGACACAAGUUCCAACAAGUUCAAUCACCUGGGACCUGUGACACUUGAGGACAUCAAUGAUGCGAAGGUGGAGUGGCUUCUGCCUGUAGUCGAGAAACGCGAGAUCUUAGGCGAUACCCGGAAGGAGGGCAGCGGGCCCUGUCCUUUGGGCGGCGGAGAGGAUCUCGGAGGAGGUCGGAAAGCCCUCACCGACGUGGAGCCCCUAUCAUGGCAUGCUAACAGCGUGAACUUCUGGCGCGAGAUGGUGCACGGGUAUUUUGCUGGAACUGUCACAGAUCUCACACCUCAGAACGAGAACUGUGCGGUAGCCUGCAUCUGUCAUGGCGUGCCAUACGUUGCCCUGUGCAACAAUCCUAUUCACAAAGACAAGCUCUACGAUCGCAUCGUGAAGCGAGUUGUCAACCUCAUGCAAGACGAGAACUGUGCAGCUCUGUACGAGUCCGUCAUGGUGGCAGACCUCGCCAGGAAUGAGCAAGAGGAGCAAGGGACCGAGCAGAACAAAGGAAGGGGCAAGGGAAAGGGCAAGGGCAGGGGCAAACGCGGGAAGGGCAAGCAGGGUGCUGCAGCAGGAACGGAGGGUGCUAAGGGCGGCCAGGGUGACAAUGAGGAUGAAGGGCAAGGCAACGGUGGUGAGGAGACAGGGCCAAAUCGCAAGGGCGGCAGGGGCAAAGGUGGGAAGCGGGGAGGCCGCUUGGGUCAGAGCCUGAGAAAGAGAGGGAGAGGCCGAGGCGCCGGGCCCAGUGAUGCAGAUGCUGCUGCAACAUCCUUUCCAGGCCUUCCAGUAAGCAUCGUCCACCAUAAAGAUGAAUAA